UGUCCACCUCAGCCUUCGCAAACUCGCGGCGUACAACCACCGAGGCGAGCUUCGUCGUCUUCGUGAGCUGCGACUUUGGGUCAGGUCACGUUUAAUAUCUCAAUUUGCAGAUACCAGUUUUGACUGCAUUUAUAUUGCUCAAAAUUUGUAGCAUUUUGUUGGAACGCUCGCACCGCCCGAUUCCCGGCCGAUCCCCCGAGUGGGUUGUUCACCCCCGAUGAGCACCGCAACCGACCAAGCCGCUGCCGCAGCCAACCGAGGAGGAAGGCGGCUGCCGCCGUCGCCGUAGUGGGCGCCAUGGCCGGCCAGCAGGAGCCCGAGGAGCGGCCCAUGAUCACGUUCGAGCAGACGCCAGACACCGAAGUCAAGGCCACGCAGACCUCGCUCCCCGCGACCAGCAGCUCUCCGCUCAGCGCCCCCGGAGAGACACCGACGCAGCCGGCGGACGUCGCCUCGCCGCCGUUCCCUCAGCCGGCGACGCCCCCGACGAAAGGCGCAGCAGCCACCGCGUCGCCUCAAGCGCCCCGGAAGUCGGCGACGGUGGCUGACGUCACGAGCCGGGCGGAAGCGCAGGAGCUGCACCGCAAGUGGGCGCACGAGCACUUCCUCGAGUCGGUGCCGGUCAGGGAGUCCCACAUGGAGGCCAGUCGCCGGGAGAGGCUCGUCAAGACGGCGCAGACGUUCUGCAUUCACCUCAGCUUCUUCGGAAUGGGCAUGUACUACGCGCUGUUUGGCCCCACUGUGCAAGACUUGGCCGUGACGCUGGACGUGGGCCUGUUUCGUGUGUUGUUCCUGCUGGCCGCCAGGGGCGUCGGGUACUUCUUGGGAGCCGUGGCCGGCGGAGUGCUGCUGAGACCCGUGAACCCGCAGGUGCUCCUCGUGGUGCUCGACUUCUUCCUCGCCAUGGCCUGCCUCGGGGUCUCCUACUUCGACACGCUCUUCCAGAGUGAGCUGCUCUUCGGACUCGGAGGAUUCGCCCUCGGGGCCAUCAACAUCGUGGGCGUCCUGUGGAUCUCGGCGCUGUGGCGAGAGGCCAGCGGGUUCCUGCUGCAGACCCUCAGCUUCAUGCACUGCAUGGGCUGCACAUUGGCGCCCGUGUUGGGCGAACCGUUCCUGACACAGCGAAGCGUGCUUCGGCCACCGUCAGACAUGCCGCCGGCGGUCGAGAGGGAGCUCGCCUACCUGACCAGCCUCGAAGACAAGGACUUUGUUUACGUCGCGUACGCCUACUGGGCCGUCGCCUUGUACGUGUUCGUCGUCGUCUUCCUGGUGCUGGUCGCGUUCUUUGUUGACCCUCGGCACCAGGACCUAAGGGCUAUGGAGACACAGUGCCCCGUCGCACCUUGCAGCGGAAUCGUAGUCGUGUUGUUCUCGUACCUGUUCACGUCGGUCGCGAUGGAGAUCAUCUACAGCCAGCUCGUCGCCGCGUUCGCGCUUCUCCUCGGGCAGAACAAGACCGUGGCCGCCUACCUGACGUCCAGCUUUUGGGCCGCGUUCAGCGCCGUGCGGGGCGCUUCGAUCGUGUGGCUACAGCAGCACGGCUCGCUCGGCGUGCUGCUGUGCUCGAACGUCUUGCUCCUGGCCCUGGCGGGCUUCGGCUUCGCCUUCGGCCACCAGGCGCCGGCGAUGUGGAUCGGCGCGGUGCUGGCCGGCGCGUCCAUGGCUCCCGUGAUGCCCUCGACGUUGCUGCUCUUGCACGACCAUUCGGGCGUCUCUCGGGGCCGGUUCGCCCUGGCGGUGCUGGUGGUGGGAGCCAGCUCGGCGUUCGCGCCGCUCUGCCUCGGGGCCGAGAUGGAGCGCGAACCGAUGCUCUUCCACUACGCGCUGGCGGCGCUCGCGGCCGUCUCGCUGCUGCUCCUGCUGGUCGCGAGGAUGCUGGUGCGGCGCCGCGGCGACGGCUACGCCCCGCUGCCCGCUGCGGUCGAAGCGCGGUCCUACAAGUCGCGUUAACUACGGACGCGACAACAAUUGUUCACUGCGUGGACGAGUAGCGGCGCUCUUGUCACCCAGCUGUAAAAAAAGACACGUGAUGUGAAGGCAUGAGUACCAACUUCAAUUAAAACUCCACCAUGAUCUAAUCUGUACCAACCUUAAUUCACCCUAAUCCAUUUUAAUCCACCUGAAUCAAUACGCCUUAAUCUACUUUAAUCGAACUUAAUGAAAUUUCGGUGGUUCUUGUGUGGGCCGUGGCGUCCGGCCGACGCCGUGGCUGUUCAGCGCGGGAUGUCGCAGCGCGAACCGCAGCAGGUUCAGCCAUCAGUUGGUCACGCAGCUUUUGGUGCCAUCGGAUGAUAAUGCCGGACUUUUCGCUUCGUGAGGCGUAUAAGACCUUCGCCUUAAUAAGCCGGCAAUGGUGACUUUCACAGCCUAUGUGUAAGCAGUACGCUGCUGCCGUACGACCGAAUUGCACGGGUGAGCGGAGAAAGAACGCACUUGUGGCACGGCGCCCCGCGCAACCGGCUCUUGUUCUCGGGAUAAAUGUUCUUACUACAGAAUUGAGCGCAUGUCCGAGCUGCAAGGUGGCCGCGGCCAGGUUCCAUUUCACAGCAACGCAAGAUUGCUAGAACAGGCAUGCGCCAUUGAUGCCUAAACGAGACGGUAAUGCCAAGCGCACUCGCCAGGCGCGUAGUUUUCAAGCCCGUGCGAGAAGUGCGCCGUGAUGUGGUGCGCGCGCAUCAACACCGAAGCAAGCACGGGCUCCAGGCACGACCGAGCAGGUCACGCGACGUACUGAACACGUUCCACGCGCUGCAUGGCCAUACCUGGCAGCGGCGACACAGCAUUGGAGCACGGCGCGUCUAUCGCUACACAGAAAAUAGUUUUCUGGUCACGUGAGGCACUUUCCAGGUUUGCUGAUGUACGUGGAACAAGAGUGCCACAAAAACAUUACUCCGAGUUAUUUUGGCGCGUAGUGGCUGCAGAACCUUCCUUUUUCGACAUAUAAAGAUCCGUCUUUAGGGGU